AUGUGGACCAUCCGGGCCGCCUUCCGCGCGGGGCUUCGGUUGUCUCGCGAGAACCGCGGUCUCCUUGCUGUGAGGGUCGUACCACUGCCCAGCCCCGUUCGCGUGCUCGCCGCCUAUGGCCCCCGGGUGCCGGGCCCGGAGGAGAAAAUCCGAGGGUCCCCAGAAAUCACGUCCGUCUUUCUGAACGUGGAGCAGAUGACCUCCCUCACUAAUAAGGAGCUUGAGGCGGCCUGGGGCGUGCAGGUGUUUGACCGCUUUACGGUUGUAUUGCACAUCUUCCGCUGCAACGCCCGCACCAAGGAGGCCCGGCUGCAGGUGGCACUGGCCGAGAUCCCUCUGCUCAGGUCCAACCUGAAGAACACGGUUACUCACCUGGACCGGCAGGGCGGGGGCUCUCGCUACAUCAUGGGGUCAGGAGAAACGUUCUUGCAAGUGCAGCAGCGUCUCCUGAAGGAAAAGGAGGUGAAAAUCAAGAGGGCGCUGGAGAGACUCAGGAGGAAGAGAAGCGUUUUGCGGAGGGAACGUCAGAGACGCGAGUUCCCUGUGAUCGCGGUGGUUGGCUAUACAAACUGCGGGAAGACCACCCUGAUCAAGGUACUUACCGGCGAUGUGGCCGCUCAGCCUCGGGACCAGCUGUUUGCCACACUGGAUGUCACGGCCCACGCGGGCUUUCUGCCGUCGCGCAUGACGGUGCUGUAUGUGGACACCAUCGGCUUCCUCUCCCAGCUGCCGCAUGAGCUCAUCGCGUCCUUCGCAGCCACUCUGGAGGAUGUGGCCCACGCCGACCUGAUCCUCCACGUGCGGGACGUCAGCCACCCCGAGACCGAGCUGCAGAAAGCCAGUGUCCUGUCCGCUCUGCGCGGCCUGCGCCUGCCCACCCCGCUACUGGACUCUGUGCUGGAGGUGCACAACAAGGUGGACCUCGUCCACGGCUGGCUGUAUCGUGAGUCCACAGUGCAGAAUGUGGAUGUGGAGCCCGAGGACGGAACAGCCCAUGUGACAGUGAUCAUGAGCAACGUUGCCUAUGGAAAAUUCCGGAAACUCUUCCCAGGAUAA